GGUAAUUUCCUGGACUACGAUAAAGAUGAGGUGGCCGCCCAGCCUCGGGUGUGGAAGAAGUAUGAGUUCCACUAUGACAAUGUGCUGUGGGCCUUCCUCACUCUCUUCACUGUGUCCACCGGAGAGGGCUGGCCCGAGUAAGUACACUUUCCAGGCUCCUUUUCAGUAGCGGUCUCUGGUGGGGAUAUGUUCUGAGAAUAUGAUGUGGCUCUCAGACAGAUACAGAGAGACAGACAGACAGACAGACAGUAGAACAGUAGAGGGUGAACAGGCCUGGGGAUAUGUUCUGAGAAUGUGCUGUGGCCUGCAGACAGACAGACAGACUUACAUAUGUCUUCAACUUGGCUUUCCAUACAAAUCCUUCCAUUAAAAAAGGAACCUGGUUUUGGUCACUUUCUCAUUAAAAAAACAGUGAUGGUGAGAUUCAAAUGGUGAGAUUAAUGCUACCACUAUUCAUGGCUUUGUUAUGUGUGCCUGCAUUGGCCUCAUAGGCUACAGAAAAAUCGCCAUGCAUGCAUCUAAUCUAUUUAGUCAGGCAAUAUCCACAUUAUUCUCACAUAUUUUAGAAUGUAAUAAUAAUUUGAAUAUCAAUGCAUUGGCAAGACUUAACAAAUGCAUUAUUCUUAAAGUGGUAAUGGCCUACUUUCUUCAGGCCCUAUAUGUGCAAUUAAAUAAAUUAUACAAUUGUAUAACAUUGAGGUCAUUGAAAAUUACAAUGAAGUGCUUGAAUUUGACAUGCCAAUGUCUGUAUGAACCCUGCUUAAAGGAUGUAUAGUCCUAGGUCUAUGUUGUUGUAUAGGUGGAGUUAUGGACCAAUUUAAAUAUAUUCACUUUUAUUCUAUGUGGAACUGCAUGAAAAUCAUUUUUUUAUUUCUUUAUUAUAAUUGUUUAAUCCCAAUGUCACACAUUGGUCCCAUUAUUUAUAGAAAGACCCAGUCCUAGAACAAUAGAGGGUGAACAACCCUGCCCUGGGGAUAUGUUCUGAGAAUGUGCUGUGCUAGUCUCUGUAAUUGUCUUUAAUAUCGUAUUGAAGCUUGUCGGGUCAGCACUCCAGAGAGGGUCGUCUGUGUAAUUUCCGGCAUGUUCAUAAUUCUCGUUCUUAUUCCGGCUCCUCUGUCCUCCUCAAUGAAAUCAUUGAAUUAGCUAUGUUAUUAAAUAAUCCAGUGAUGCAUGAUAUGUAAAAUUGAUGGACUGGUGAGUCAUUUAGGUCAGAGUAGAAGUCCAUUAAACAAGACUCAGUCCUCAUAACACGGAGGGCUAAGUGGCCAGGCUCUCUCUCAGCUGGGCUAUUACUGUAAGGACUAUUUUAACACGGCUGAUGAAAAUGGACCUUUGCAUCAUCAACAUUGAACAUUAAUCACAUGGCUAUUACAUUUAAACAAAAGCUUUUAAUUGACUAUGUCCCUAAUUUUAGACAUAGAACUUGAAAUGGUGUCCUCGUUUCCAGUUAGGUUUUAGUCAUAUUGUAGUUGCUGUAGGAAACUUGUUGUAGCAGUUUAACCACAGUUGGCUGUUGUGGUGAGUGGUUCUAUAUACUGACAGCAUGGUUCCUGUGUUCCUCUCCAGUGUUCUGAAGCACUCUGUGGACGCUACCUUUGAGGACCAGGGUCCCAGUCCAGGCUACCGUAUAGAGAUCUCCAUCUUCUACGUGGUCUACUUCGUGGUUUUCCCAUUCUUCUUUGUCAACAUCUUUGUGGCCUUGAUCAUCAUUACCUUCCAGGAGCAGGGAGACAAGGCCAUGUCAGAGUGCAGCCUGGAGAAAAAUGAGGUACAGUACACUCUUUGAAAAAAAAAGGUGCUAUCUAGAACCAAAAUGGGUUCUUCGUCUGUCCCCAUAGGAGAACCCUUUGAAGAACCCCUUUUGGUUCCAGGUAGAACCCUUUUGGUUCCAGGUAGAACCCUUUUUCAUUCCAUGUAGAACCCUUUCCACAGAGGGUUCUACAUGGAACCAAAAAUGGUUCUAUCUGGAAUCAAAAAGGGUUCUCCUAUGGGGACAGCCACAGAACCCUUUUGGAACCCUUUUUUCUAAGAGUGUACAGAACAGGAGAAAACUCACUUUGAAGCAAAGCAAUAACAAUUCCUAUUUUUCCUCUCUCCAUUUGUGAUUUGUUGGUCAUCAGCUCACUAUGCUCACUAUGCUCUGUAGAUGUUACCAAUCAUACUGCCCCACCCUUACAUUAGGCUAAGUACUCAGUGCAGGUACAGUCUCUCUCACUGCUGUUGUUGUUGAUGCUGGGUUCAGUUGUGCGUGUUGGGGCAGUGAGGCUGCAGUGGAGCCUGCAGUACAGCCUCCCAGCUGAGGGCCAGUGUGACAGGUCCACGAUUGAUUCUGGAGCCCCAUCUGUGGUUCCACAGGCGGACAAAAAGCCAGCGAGCCGUCCCCCGUCUCCCCUACCUCAUGAAACUAAAUAUUAGGAAGGUGUUCCUAAUGUUUGGUAUACUCAGUGUAUGUCCCUCUGUCUGUGUCUGUCCGUAUGCUGAACUAACUUGACUCAGCUAACUGGAACCAGAACACAGCCAGGAGGAGCUAGCUAUGUAUUCAUUGUCUGGAUUCAUACAUCUCCACUGCACAUGGCUCUGAAAGGCUCUCUGCUUGCUGUCUAGUUAGAUAUUGGUGGUUUUCUGCACAGUAUUUGCCUCUGAGAAGCUACUGUUGCCCUGAGUUGAUGAUACAGAUGCAAUGGUCCUAAUGAAGGCAAUGGUUGAAAGAGUGACGGAUUGACGACUGAUGAUUGUGCUGAUGACCAUGAUGAUGAUAAUGAGGAAAUGGGUGGCGAUUAUGAAAGAGAACAUUGGAUGUAAUUUUUCAUUUCCAUCUCGCUUUGUUCAGAGAGCCUGCAUUGACUUUGCCAUCAAUGCCAAGCCACUGACGCGCUACAUGCCAGAGAACGUGCAGUCCUUCCAGUACCGGAUGUGGAAGUUUGUGGUGUCACCUCCGUUUGAGUACUCCAUUAUGAUCAUGAUCGCCCUGAACACCGUGGUGCUCAUGAUGAAGGUUAGUACAGUCUGUCUCGUUCACCAGAAAAUAUAGUAGGAUAUAACAAGGGCCUGGAGUUUUUCCUAGUCUGAUUGCGUGGUCAGGGAAAACUCUGGCCCUACUCAUACAGUGUUGCUGUUUUAAGAUGUAUGUGCUUAUCAAGUGAUUCUCACAAUUCAAUUCAAUUCAAAGGGCUUUAUUGGCAUGGGAAAACAGAUGUUUACAUUGCCAAAGCAAGUGAAAUAGAUAAUAAACAAAAGUGAAAUAAACAAUAAAAAAUUAACAGUAAACAUUACAAACAAACGAAUAGAGACAUUUAAAAUGUCAUAUUAUGCCUAUGUCGAGUGUUAUAAUGAUGUUCAAAUAGUUAAAGUACAAAAUGGAAAAUAAAUCAACAUAAAUAUGGGUUGUAUAUGCAAUGGUGUUUGUUCUUCACUGGUUGGUUCACUGGUAACACUGGUUUCUCUCUCUCCUUCCCUGCACCAGUUCCAUGGAGCUCCAGACUUCUACGAGGCCAUGUUGAAGCACUUCAACAUCGUCUUCACUGCCCUCUUCUCUCUGGAAUGCAUUCUGAAGAUCAUCGCCUUCGGUCCGCUGGUGGGUUCACUGUUGGCCUUCCUGUUUAUCUGCAUGCUAUCAGUAUGGCAAAAGUUAUCAAUGAUUUGAUACUUAUUGAAUUCAUGCAUGCCUUGAGCCUGUGAGUGAUGUUCAAUCCCUCUCGUUCUAGAAUUACCUGAAGGAUGCCUGGAACGUGUUUGACUUUGUGACAGUGCUGGGAAGUAUAACUGACAUCGUGGUCACAGAAAUCAAUGUAAGUUAAGAGUCCAGCGCAGCACAAACCGUGCUUCUUCCACUCUCCUCUAUAUACAUUACAAUACUUGCUAAUGAGGCAGAAUAGUAUGAGUGACAUGCAGUGACCUAAGGCUGUAUGGACAGUUUGUGUAUACAGACUGGGCCUGGCCUGUACACAGGCUCAAACGUGCUAAAUAGCCAUCUCAGCAAAGAUGUCUUGGCUCCAGUCCAGUGGGACUGAUAGCAGAGACAAAGAGGGGGAGAGGGAGAGUUUGUGAACAGAGCUGCAUGUUAACACUAUUGAUUCAUCACUGAUGCCUGAUAUGGGAUCUGAUAAUGUGAGGCAAUUCAGAGUCCAGCUGAGUGCAACAGUGUGUGUGUGUGUGUGUGUCAUUAUGAUCUAGUAAUAUUCUGAGCGAUUCUAUGUGAAUCACUCAACAUGUUUCUCUCACGCCCUGUAGUAGUUGUUUAUUCAUGUUAUAAACUUAUAUUGAUACAGUAUCUGUAUCUGUCCAGUAUCCAAGAGUAUCUGUCCAGAUGUCUGUAUCAUUGUCCAAUGCUUUGACUGAUUUAAGUGGUGUGUUUUGAGCUUUUACGGGCUUUCUAUAUGUCAUUACUAUUUCUGUUUGUCUUGCUUUUCCUUGUUCCUCCCUCUCUUUUUCGCUCUCUCUGUCUUUCUCUGCCACUCCCUGUCCCUCUCUCUGCAUUGUCCUCUUGUUCAAUGUAUUCACUGAUGUGCCUACCAUCUGCUACGGUUAAACAACUGCUGUUAUAGACAACGGUGAGUGACUACCCCUCCUGUCUCAUUGAUCUUUAUCCUUCCAUUCUUUACACGAUCUACAGCACUGUGUGAACUGGUCUGUAUGUAUGUAUUGUUUGGCCUCCUUUAGCAAGUUGAACCAGGACCAGCCAAAUACAAUCAUGUUGUUUCGUCUGCAUCAUUGUCAUAUGUAGUAAUUUGGGGUCAUAUUUUGAAUGUCUCCAGUGAAUAGGCUGUAAUGUUGACUGUGUCCUUGUCCCCUGGCCCUACAGGACCGGCUGUUGAAUCUGAGUUUUCUGAGGCUGUUCAGAGCAGCUCGUCUCAUUAAGCUGCUGAGGCAGGGCUACACCAUCCGUAUCCUGCUCUGGACCUUUGUCCAGUCCUUCAAGGUAACACACACAAACUCACACAUGCACACAUGCACCAACACACGCAUACACACACACAUACACAUACACACACAGUAUACUGUAUACAGUACUUGUAUUUAGAGCACUUUGCUGAUCAGUGUUCUUGUCCUUCUAGGCCCUACCCUAUGUUUGCCUUCUGAUAGCGAUGCUGUUCUUCAUCUAUGCCAUCAUUGGUAUGCAGGUCGGUGCUGCUUCCAUUCUUUCCAAAUAUGGACAUUCCCUCCUGGACUUCCUUGAACAUUUUUCCUCAAAAUAAUUGGAUUAUAUAUGCCUACAGCGUAAAAUGGUGUGAAAUUCUGUUUUUUAUUGAAUACGUAAAUAUUUCUGCAAUAUAAGGCAUAAACUGUCGUGAUCUGUGGGUAUAAUCCAUCCCUUACUAUUCCAGGUGUUUGGAAACAUUGAGCUCAACGAGGACACAGCCAUCACUCACCACAACAACUUCCGCACUUUUCUCCAGGCCCUCAUGCUACUGUUCAGGUAAAUACACCCUUUCCUUAGUCACUCCUUCCUCUGAUUUAGGAAGCACCAACAUUAUUAAAAUUGCCCUCUCCCUCUCCAUUCCUCUACCUCUCCUGUAACUCUGUAAGCCAGGGGUUGUAUAUAGCUAGCAACAUCUUAAGGCACCAUAGUUGUACACUGUGACCAUCUUCCAAAAUAACUUAGUUAGAGAUGUUCUGUGUAAUCUCAAAGGUCACUCUGUCCGUCUGUCCUUCCGUCUCCUGUCUGUCUGUCUGUCUGUCUGUCUGUCUGUCUGUCUGUCUGUCUGUCUGUCUGUCUGUCUGUCUGUCUGUCUGUCCACCCCUGUGUUCUCCAGGAGUGCCACGGGGGAGGCGUGGCAUGAGAUCAUGCUGUCGUGUUUGAGUCACAGAGCCUGCGAUGAGAGGUCAGGCAACCUGGGGAAGGAGUGUGGCAGCGACUUCGCCUAUUUCUACUUUGUCUCCUUCAUCUUCCUCUGCUCCUUCCUGGUUAGUACUGAUGUCAUCCAACAUACACACAUACACUGUAACUGUUCGAUUUUCUGCUGAUGUGCAGUCUGGUAAUAAGGGAUGUUAACGUUCGGCAAUGAUCUGAAACAUAGGAUUAGUAGUUAGUGUUGUCCAAAACUAGUUGGCUGUCUUUUGUGCCAGCAUACUGUGUCUCUUCUCAUAAGUCCUUGUGAAACGUCUCUUCCAGAUGCUCAAUCUGUUUGUGGCUGUCAUCAUGGAUAACUUUGAGUACCUGACUCGAGACUCGUCUAUACUGGGGCCUCAUCAUCUGGAUGAGUUCAUCCGUGUUUGGGCUGAGUACGACCCUGCUGCCUGGUAUGUGUCUCUCUCCCUCCCUCCCUUCCGCCAUCUGGCUGGCUGGGGCUCCUACUUUGCCUCUGUGCCCAGUCAGAUAGAUAUCUAGUAUUACAGCUGCUAGUAUGGAGGGGACUGACUAAUCCCUUCUUGACAAUCCUCCAUGUAGUCCCAUGUAGAGGGUAUGGUAUGGUAGAAUACCUCCUAGUACCCUGUCAGCCCUCUGAUUAUCAUUGUUCUCUUGAAGCUGUCCUGAAGUUGUUGUUUUAUAUCUGCUUGUUCUUUUUGCAGCGGACGGAUUCGCUAUAACGAUAUGUACAACUUGUUACGAAUUAUCUCGCCCCCCCUUGGCUUAGGGAAGAACUGCCCUAAUAGGGUAGCAUACAAGGUUUGCAACCCCAGAACAUUUCCUCCACUAGGGCGCUUUGUGUUCCUAUGCCAAGAGACUGAAGUGAAUGGCUGUGCACCAAUGACUCGCCUACACACUAGCACCCGCCCUUCCAGACUGACUGGCAUUGGUUAAUGAUGCCGGACUGGAAACAAAGCUUUCAAAGCCAUGUUAAACCCCAACUCUGCCUAACAUUGGAAUCCCUAUGCAAUGCUUACUUUCUAUAUGGUGUGUCGAGGUAUACAGUGAACACAUUCUGGUUUGUACCUGUUCCGUCUCCUAUCUAUGUACAGUUAGAUUAAACAUUAAGAACGGAUGUUUAGUCCUAAAUUGAUCACUAGAUUCAGAUGUUGAACACAUCUGAAUUGGAUCAACGUCUUUACGUGCUGUAAUGUGUUUUUGGGAUCCUAGAUGUAAACAUUGUAAAGAGAAAGGAAGGCUUUAAUUAAUUAAGAUUUAAACAAGUCUGGCAUUGAAACCUUUGUUUCCGUGAUUCUGGUGAACCCCCCCUGGAUGUCUCUCAGCAUGCAGAAGCCGACAACCUCACUACGUACAAUGCUGUCAUUCUCUCCCCAUUAGCACCCUGUGUGUUCUUCUUCUCACUCUUCCAGACUCACUCUUCCAUCCCAUGUCUCCCCUCAGGGAUCUGAGCAGCUCACUUCCUCCUGAGCUGAGUUCACCGAUGCAUCCCUGGCCCACCGUGGCCAAAGAUGGCAUCCAUCUCCAUGUCGCUACUGGAAAUCUAAAUAACACAGAUUUCUGUUUUUGUUUUUUCUUAUUCAUUUUGGUUUCUUUAAAAAAUAUAUAUAUUUUGUUCCUCUCCUCCUUCUCUAACUUCCCCAUCCUUCUUUAUUUGGCUUUUUGUUUCCUACUCUGUGAAGUGGCCGUAUCAAGUACCUUGAUAUGUAUCAGAUGCUCCUCCACAUGUCCCCACCCUUAGGUUUGGGAAAGAAAUGUCCGCCAAGAGUCGCCUACAAGGUAGCCACUCCCUCUGCUCGACCUGUCUUCCCAUUGGCUUGACCUCCAGCCAAUCUCUGUGCUCUGCAGUGUUCCCUUGUUUCUUUAGUUUGUUUUGCUAACGAUCUGAUCUCUUUGGUGUAGUCCCCUCCCUCCCUCCCCCUCUUUCUUUGGGCAUAGCUACUUUAUUUGGAGCAAACUCAGCCUGUGAGGUGAUGUCCACUAAAGGCGAAGAGAUAAACCAUGAGACACAUACAGUAUCCCCACUAUGUGAAAAGUUGUUACUAACCAUUUAGUAACAUUUACAGUAGUGGGUGUCAAACUCCUUAGGAUAAUAAAUACAAAAUAGGUUUUCAUCUAAUCCAGUCUCUGUAAUUGAAAGGGCAACCACCACUUUUCAACCUCAUUUUAUUAUCUCCAGCACAAUACCAGUGUCUACAUAUGUGAAAACGGCACAUUUCUACUUUCUGUAGAAAAAAAUAUAAAGUUCUACCCGAUGACAUCAUCAGAAGUUUAAAAACAGUGAUUUUCAAAUACUAUGAUAUUUGUGGUGACAUGGAGAGGAAGAAAAUACCCUCCCUCUGGCUAGAAACUUGUUACAGAGGGGACGGGUAGAAAUACAGUACCAGUCAAAAGUUUGGACACACCUACUCAUUAAAGGGUUUUUCUUUAUUUUUACUAUGUUUUACAUUGUAGAAUAACAGUGAAGACAUCACAACUAUGAAAUAACACAUAUGGAAUCAUGUAGUAAACAAAAAAAUAUUCAACAAAUCAAAAUAUAUUUUAUAUUAGAGAAUCUUCAAAUAGCCACCCUUUGCCUUGAUGACAGCUUUGCACACUCUUGGCAUUCUCUCAACCAGCUUCACCUGGAAUGCUUUUCCAACAGUCUUCAAGGAGUUCCAACAUAUGCUGAGCACUUGUUGGCUGCUUUUCCUUCACUCUGCUGUCCGACUCUUCCCAAACCAUCUUAAUUGGGUUGAGGUUGGGGGAUUGUGGAGGCCAGGUCAUCUGAUGCAGCACUCCAUCACUCUCCUUCUUGGUAAAAUAGCCCUUACACAGCCUGGAGGUGGGUUCGGUCAUUGUACUGUUGAAAAACAAAUGAUAGUCCCACUAAGCCCAUACCAGAUGGGAUGGCGUAUCGCUGUAGAAUGCUGUGGUAGCCAUGCUGGUUAAGUGUGCCUUGAAUUCUAAAUAAAUCACAGACAGUGUCACCUGCAAAGCACCCCCACACCAUAACACCUCCUCCUCCCUGCUUUACGGUGGGAAAUACAUGCGGAGAUCAUCCAUUCACCCACACCGCGUCUCACAAAGACACAGCGGUUGGAAUCCAAAAUCUCCAAUUUGGACUCCAGAUCAAAAGACACAUUUCCACCGGUCUAAUGUCCAUUGCUCGUGUUUCUUGGCCCAAGCAGGUCUCUUCUUCUUAUUGGUGUCCUUUAGUAGAGGUUUCUUUGCAGCAAUUCGACCAUGAAGGCCUGAUUCACACAGUCCCCUCUGAACAGUUGUUGUUGAUAUGUGUCUGUUACUCUCUGUGAAGCAUUUAUUUGGGCUGCAAUUUCUGAGGCUGGUAACUCUAAUGAACUUAUCCUCUGCAGCAGAGGUAACUCUGGGUCUUCCAUUCCUGUGGCAGUCCUCAUGAGAGCCAGUUUCAUCAUAGCUCUUGAUGGUUUUUGCGACUGCACUUGAAGAAACUUUCAAAGUUCUUGAAAUGUUCCGUAUUGACUGACCUUCAUGUCUUAAAGUAAUGAUGGACUGUCGUUUCUCUUUGCUUAUUUGAGCUGUUCUUAAAAAUAAAAAAUAAUGUAUUUAUUUUUUAUUUUUUUGUUUUUUUAUUAUUAUUUUUUUAUAAAUUUUUCUGGGGCUAUUUUAUUUGAGUUGUUCUUGCCAUAAUAUGGACUUGGUCUUUUAGCAAAUAGGGCUAUCUUCUGUAUACCCCCCCCCCCCCCACCUUGUCACAACACAACUAAUUGGCUCAAACGCAUUAAGAACCCUGGACAACACCCUGUCGUUCUCCGCUAACAUCAAAGUGGUGACCCGAUCCUGCAGGUUCAUGCUCUACAACAUUCGCAGAGUACGACCCUACCUUACACAGAAAGCGGCACAGGUCCUAAUCCAGGCACUUGUCAUCUCCCGUCUGGAUUACUGCAACUCGCUAUUGGCUGGGCUCCCUGCCUGUGCCAUUAAACCCCUACAAAUUAUCCAGAACACUGCAACCCGUCUGGUGUUCAACCUUCCCAAGUUCUCUCAUGUCACCCCGCUCCUCCGCACACUCCACUGGCUUCCAGUUGAGGCUUGCAUCUACUACAAGACCAUGGCGCUUGCCUACGGAGCUGUGAGGGGAACGGCACCUCCUUACCUUCAGGCUCUGAUCAGACCCUACACCCAAACGAGGGCACUACGUUAAUCCACCUCUGGCCUGCUAGGCCCCUUACAUCUACGGAAGCACAGUUCCCGCUCAGCCCAUUCAAAGCUAUUCGCUGCUCUGGCACCCCAAUGGUGGAACAAGCUCCCCCACGACGCCAGGACAGCGGAGUCACUGACCACCUUCUGGAGACACUUGAUACCCUACCUCUUUAAGGAAUACCUGGAAUAGUAUAAAAGUAAUCCUUCUACCCCCCACCCCCCCCAUAAAAAAAAAAAAGUGGUUGUCCCACUGGCUAUCAUAAGUUGAAUGCACCAAUUCGUAAGUCGCUCUGGAUAAGACCGUCUGCUAAAUGACUGGUACUGUAUGUAGAACUGGUAUGGUGCUGGAGAUACAGUGAGGGAAUAAAGUAUUUGAACCCCUGCUGAUUUUGUACAUUUGCCCACUGACAAAGACAUGAUCAGUCUAUACUUUUAAUGGUAGGUUUAUUUGAACAGUGAGAGACAGAAUAACAAAAACAAAUUUCAGAAAAACGCAUGUCAAAAAUGUUAUAAAUUGAUUUGCAUUUUAAUGAGGGAAAUAAGUAUUUGACCCCUCUGCAAAACAUGACUUAGUACUUGGUGGCAAAACCCUUGUUGGCAAUCACAGAGGUCAGACGUUUCUUGUAGUUGGCCACCAGGUUUGCACACAUCUCAGGAGGGAAUUUGUCCCACUCCUCUUUGCAGAUCUUCUCCAAGUCAUUAAGGUUUCGAGCCUGACGUUUGGCAACUCGAACCUUCAGCUCCCUCCACAGAUUUUCUAUGGGAUUAAGGUCUGGAGACUGGCUAGGCUGAUUCCUCACCAUUCUCAUGAUCAUUGCAACUCCACGAGGUGAGAUCUUGCAUGGAGCCCCAGACCGAGGGAGAUUGACAGUUAUUUUGUGUUUCUUCCAUUUGCGAAUAAUCGCACCAACUGUUGUCACCUUCUCACCAAGCUGCUUGGCGAUGGUCUUGUAGCCCAUUCCAGCCUUGUGUAGGUCUACAAUCUUGUCCCUGACAUCCUUGGAGAGCUCUUUGGUCUUGGCCAUGGUGGAGAGUUUGGAAUCUGAUUGAUUGAUUGCUUCUGUGGACAGGUGUCUUUUAUACAGGUAACAAGCUGAGAUUAGGAGCACUCCCUUUAAGAGUGUGCUUCUAAUAUCAGCUCGUUACCUGUAUAAAAGACACCUGGGAGCCAGAAAUCUUUCUGAUUGAGAGGGGGUCAAAUACCUAUUUCCCUCAUUAAAAUGCAAAUCAAUGUAUAACAUUUUUGACAUGCGUUUUUUCUGGAUUUUCUUGUUGUUAUUCUGUCUCUCACUGUUCAAAUAAACCUACCAUUAAAAUUAUAGACUGAUCAUUUCUUUGUCAGUGGGCAAACGUACAAAAUCAGCAGGGGAUCAAAUACUUUUUUCCCUCACUGUAAUUAAUAUGAGGUUGAAAUUGGCUGUAUUGCCCUUUAAUACGUCCAACACAGCAGACAGGCACAGAUAAAUUAUUGGAAGAAUAUUUUGAUUUAAUUCUACAAUUCAUACAAAAGGUCAUAUUAGACCAAUCCAGCACAGUCCCCAUAUGUAAAUCCUGUAUUAAUCAAUUAACAGUCUUAUAGGAAAGGGGUUUAGUAUUGCUCACCCUUACCUUAUUUCAGUCUAUCCCCUGAGUUUACCUACCAGGGGUUUUUCGUUUUGUGGGCCAGUAUGUGUGGCUUCUGUUGCUUUCCUGUGUGAGAAAUAUGUGUGCUUUACUCUCUGUGUUUCUAUCUUUCAUUCUUUCUCAUCCUGUCUUUCAUCUCUACUUUCUCUCUAUCGAGUUGUGUGCACAUGUAUGGGUGGGUGUGUUUGUGUCUCACCCCUCCUCUCCUCUCUCAUUCUGACUUCUGUCGUACUUUUGCACUGCCACUGAUAGUAGGUGAAUGCUUUUUGUGUUCAGGGGAGCUCAACUCUACCACAAUAGCUUAAACAUCAAACAUAGUGCUGUGUAUGCAUAUAGUGGUGUAUAUAUCAUCUCUUUGAUAAGCAGUUCAGGUUAUUUGGAAUGGACUGUGUGUGACACAUGCUUUCUCUGUAGAUGCUAGGCAUUGGUUCUCAAGAUGUUAUUGACUUGAGCAGCAAAACACUUUUUGACUCAGUUUGAUUGUUGGUAUAGCAACCACAGAGUCGAGCUCCUGAGAUCUUUGAGGCACUUCCAUGGUUAUGCGUACAUGCCCUUUCUCAUUUUUAUUUCGAUCAAUGUCACUCUUGCACCGGUGCACUUUGACCUGCAGCAUAGUGCAUACUGUAGCCAAUAGCAGUGAAUGUGAAUGUUUCGUUUGUCUCUUCUUUGUACUCGUUGAGAAAGCUUUUUGUGUGCUGUAGAUAAAUAAUCCACUUAAUAAUAAAGCCUUCCAAAUGAUUCAUUUACCAGAAAAAAAUCUGAUAUAUCAUAUUUUAUUGUAUUGUUGAAAUAAAAGCAGGUAAAGCACUGAAUAUACAUGAGAAUACUCUGUGAAUAUUACCAGCACACAGACUUGUUUCUCCUGAUUGGCUGAUGGUCUGGAUGAAGCGUUAACAGUAGAAGUGUGUUUCUAACCUCCCCCUCCGUCCACACAUUCUCUCCAGCGGCUAGUCAAGAUGAACAUGCCCAUCGCUGAUGACAACACAGUCCACUUUACCUCCACUCUCAUGGCCCUGAUCCGCACGGCCCUGGAGAUCAAACUAUCCUCAGGUGAGACCGCCAUUCUCUCUCUCCCUAUCCUCUGCCCCCUCCCCUGUCCCCCUGUCCCCUCUCCUCUGCCCCCCUACCCUGUCCCCUCUCCCUUGUACCCUCAGCCAAAGUUCCACAAUCCAACACCCUCAGAAUGUGUGAUACAUGAUAGGUGAGGUGCAUACCUCGGCUAUCAUGAGGCCAACUUGAUGAGGCCAACUCAAGCAAAAGCAACAAACACUAGUUGUAAAUGUUAGAUUUAGCCGUCCGUCACAUGUUGUCCUCCUAGACAGACAGACAGGUGUUGUGAUGUCCCCUGCAUGUGUUGCAGGGACAUAUGCUGCUUGUUUGUUGCUUACAGAAGGGUUUGCAUUAGUAGAUAUGGGUCCCAUUUGGUCUCAUUAGGCUGCUCUGUGGUGGGUUUUGUGUUUAGGGCCUGUACUGCAGAGUUGAAGGAUGGCACAGUGCAAUAUGCUUUUCUCUAGCUUCACUGCUCACUGCCACUUUUAAUAAGCUAUUCUCUCUCUGGUUCACCUCCACAAUGACUCUGCAAACUCAUGUUUACUUUUCUGUCUUUAUUAUACUUAAAUUAGAUAAUUGUGUGUAUUUGAUGCUAGAAUAUUCUAUUUUCUCUUGCGAUCUUCUCCUCAGGGAUGGUUGCCCAGCGUCUUUCUGAUGCUGAACUGAAGAAAGAGCUCUCUACGGUUUGGCCAAGCCUUUCACAGAAGACUAUGGAUCUGUUGGUGACACCACACAAACGUAAUCACCUCUGCAUGACAGUCCUCUCUGAUCCUUGCUUUAUGUCACUGAUAUAUUUCAUCUUUACAAGAAGGAUACCUGGAGUGUGUGUGAUUCUAUUUAUGCCACGUCUUAAAGUGGCGAGCCCCAGACUCCUCACUGAAACAACAUUAUAUAUCACAAUCGUAUCAAGUACAUUGUCCCGUGAGAGUUAUUUAAGAUACUCUUCAAAGUGGUAGGGUUUCAGAUGUUUUCAAAAGAUGGGCAUGGACUCCACUGUCCUGACUUUAGGGGUAGGCUUGUUCCUCCAUUGGGGUGCUAGGACAGAGAGGAGCUUUGACUGGGCUGAGUAGGGGUGGGAGGGCCAAGAGACCAGAGGUGAUGGAACGUGCUCAGGUUGGGAUGUAAGGUUUGAGCAUAGCCUGAAGGUAAGGAGGAGCAGUUCCCCUUGCUACUCCGUAGGCAAGCUCCAGGGUCUUGAAGAUGAUGCGAACUUAGACUGAAAGCCAGUGGAGUGUGCGGAGGAGUGGGGUGACAUGGGAGAAUUUAGGAAGGUUGAACACCAGGCGGGCUGCGGCAUUCUGGUUGCAGGGGUUUGAUGGCACAAGUGGGGAGCCCAGCCAACAGAGAGUUGCAAUAGUCUAGACGGGAGAUGACAAGUCCCUGGAUUAGGACCUAAGCCGCUACCUGUGUGAGGAAAGGUUGUGCUCUACGGAUGUUGUAGAGCAUGAACCUGCAGGAGAGAGUCACUGCUUUGAUGUGUGCAGAGAAUGACAGGGUGUUGUCCAGGGUCACGCCAAGGUUCUUUGCACUCUGGGAAGGGGACACCUUGGAGUUGUCAACCAUGAAGGAGAGGUCUUGGAGCAGGCAGGCCUUUCCCGGGAGGAAGAGCAGUUCCGUUUUGUUGAGGUUGAGCUUGAGGUGGUGGGGAUUUCAUCUGGAGAGAGAGGGGAGAAAGAGGUCAAGGCGUAGGGUAGUUCUGUGUGAGUGGGACCAGUGGACUCAGUAGGCUGAGUGAAAGAGGAGCAGAUGUCGUCAACCUUUUUUUCAAAGUGGUUGACAAAGUCAUCUGCAGAGAGGGAGGAUGGAGGGGGAGGAGGAUUAAGGAGGAAGGAGAAAGUGGAGAAGAGUUUCCUAGGGUUGGAGGCAGAAGCUUGACAUUUAUAGUGAUAGAAAGCAGCUUUAGCAGUGGAUACAGAGGAAGAGAAGGUAGAGAAGUGGGAGUGGAAGGAUGAUAGGUCCUCCAGAAGUUUAGUUCUCCUCCAUUUUCGCUCAGCUGCCCGUAGCCCUGUUCUGUAAGCAUGCAGUGAGUGACUCAGCCACGGAGCGGGAGGGGAAGGUCGGGCCGGCUGGGAGAAAAGGGGACAGUGAGAGUCAAAGGAUGCAUAAAGGGAGGGAGAGUAGGGUCGAAGAGGCAGAGUCAGGACACAGGAGGGAGAAGGAUUUACCAUAAAGAAGAGAGGAUAGGAUUGAAGAGGACAGAGUGGCGGGAGAGAGAGAUCGAAGAUGCGGCGGCGCAUGACCAUCUGGGUAGGGGCUGAGUCGGUAGGGUUGGAGGAAAGAUGGAGAGAAAAGGAAACAAAGUAGUGAUCAGAGACAUGGAGCGGGGUUGUAGUGAGAUUAGUAGGCAAACAGCCUCUAGUGAGGAUGAGGUCAUGCAUAUUGCCUGCCUUGUGAUUGGGAGGUAACUGGGAAAGGGUGAGGUCUAAAGACGAAAGGAGUGGAAAGAAAACGAGGUGGAAAUAAAUUAAUUUGAAGCCAGGCGUCUGGAGGUUAAAGUCGCCCAGUAUGAUAAGUGGUGAGCCAUCCUCGGGAAAUUAGCUUAUCAAGGUGUCAAGCUCAUUGAGAAACUCUCCAAGGUCACCUGGUGGGUGAUAGAUGACACCAAUGUUAAGCUUGAGUGGACCAGUGACAGCAUGGAAUUCAAAUGAGGAGAUAAACAGGUGAGAGAGGGGAGAAGAGAAAAUCUCCACUUAGGAGAAAUGAGUAGCCCUGUGUCACCACCGCGAUGACCAGAUGCUCUCGGACUAUGAGAGAACACAUAGUCAGAUGAUGAGAGAGCAGCUGGAGUAGUAGUGUUAUCUGUGGAAAUCCAUGUAUCUGUCAGGGCCAAAAAGUGUAGGGACUGAAGGGGAACAUAGGCUGAGAUUAACUCAGCCUUAUUGACCACAGAUCGGCAGUUUCAAACUCUGCCGGAGACUAGGAACUCCACAUGGGUAGUGUGCGCAGGAUACACUAAAUUAGAAGGUUUGCAGCCACAGGGUCGGGAGCGUCUGUAAAACCUACAGGGAGAGGAGCUAACAGGGAUGGGAAACACACACAUACUUGGCAAAGCUAUAAAAUAGUCAAAUGAGAUCAUCAGAAAAUAACUAGAUAAGAUAAUCAAGUGAGAGAGUGGUGUGGAGCCUUCCUCGCUUUCCUUCCUCGCUUUCCUUCCUCAAAUAACUCUGCAGAACAACUCGGUUUGAUUGUUGAUUGCUUAGCAGAGGUGAAGAGAACACUCCCUACAAUAUAACACGCCCACAAAUUCGCAGGACUGUUACACAAAUAGGCCUGAAACUAAUCUAAGUCUACAACAACAGUCACAAGUACUGAGCAAUCAGACAGUUAUGAUUAACUAGGCUACUAGGUAAAAGACAGCGCACAUUAAAUUGCCCUAGCAAGACAAUACAAACAGCUUCUUAUUGAAUACAAAAAAUAUACUUGCUGCUCUUUUAAGAGUUGAUCCCCUUCCAAACGGUAGAUGACAGCCAGGACCUCUGAUCUCACUUGGCCAUCAGUUAAGAUUCCAGUCAUCUGCUUUGCCUCCACUGACAUCUUGUGGCAGGAUCUAAGCAUCUCACCUGAGAACAAUGGCAUUUUAGACAGAUGCUUCUUCACUCCUGGCAUGCACCAAUUAUCUUCAAACAGCUAAAUCCCUCAUUGUUUCAAGUGAUACCUCUGGUGUGACUGAAUUGUAUUGGCAAUAAACUGGCAUCAGAGAGUUUGGAUGAGACCAAUACAGAUGGAUGAGAUAAUGGAUGAAUCAGAAGUUUUCCUCAACCACUCCCCUCUGUACCUCUCUCAGCCAAUGAGCUUACUGUUGGGAAGGUGUAUGCAGCCCUGAUGAUCUUUGACUACUACAAGCAGAACCGAGCCAAGAGGCUCAAGGAGCAGCAACAGCAGCAACAGCAACAGAAUGCUGCCGGCUCCCAGGUAUCACACACACAUGCACACACACACACACACACAUUAUUGCUGAUGCCCAGGAGGCACACAUUUCACCCCUGAUUGACUAUAUGCUGGAGGCAGAGACCUGGAUCAAUAUUGUGCAUGUUCAGUAUGUUAAGCAUCUUGCCAUCUUUCAUCCACAGGGUAAGGUGGGGGCUCUGUUUAAACCAAUACUGCCGCUGGCUCACAAGCAGGAGAAGGAGAAGGCCAUGAACAACAUGGAGCCUCCCUGUGAGCUACUUCCUCAGCCCCAGCCUCAGGCCCUACCUAGACCCAUCGCCACACUGCUCAACAUGGAGCAUCCCUGUGAGCUACUUCCUCAGCCCCAGCCUCAGGCCCUACCUAGACCCAGCGCCACACUGCUCAACAACGGAGGCACACUGUGAGUUCACUAGCAAGCGGGUAGUGUCUAAAACAAUUUAAAAAAAUUCUAACGUUUAUGACAAUUCUAUCUGUAUUUUGACUUUGACAAAGCCGUGACGUUACCAUCAAUGAUAAUAAAAAACUGUUUUAAUUUACAAUCAGUUAGUCGUUGUAUGACAAUAACAUCUACAUUUGUUUAUGAUGAACAAUUCAGGCCAGGCCAUGACAGUACCAUGAAAGGAUCGUCCUCCUGGGUGUCAGAGAAGUCAAGAGAGGUCCACAGACCCAGGAGUAAGAAAACUGUCCAAAGGGGCCAAUCUGAAGAUGUCCCAGAUACAACCAUUCCCCAGGUACUGUAGCCAGUCCAGACUGCCCUCUGCUGUAUUACACACAUGAACAUCAUGGCCUGCGUCCUGCAUUUUCUCACCUGAUGUAUCUGUUCCUAGUACUUAACUUGACUGGAUGUACUUAUCUGUAUGCAAGCAAUUAUCCCUGUGUGUGUGUGCGCGCUUGCAUGUAUGUGUGCAUGCAUGCUUAUGUGUGUGUCUUACGUCCUCCAGGAGUCAGUGGAGAUGAGGAAGCUGGACACCAGUGACAGCACUGUGCCUGGUCCUGGGUCUGGACUGGAGAGCCAGGGGAGGGCUGUGUCCAUGCCCCGCCUCAACACAGAGCUGCAGGUAAAGACACACCCUAACACACACACAUCAUUUGUGAAGCACAGCAGAUGCGCCAUGCCAUAACUAAACUCUAUUGGAGAAAGCAUGGUUGCAUUUUGUUACACAUCAGUGGCUAUACUGCGGGCAGAUUACUAUGGUCAGGUGGCUAUCUCAAUGGGGGGUUCAAUUUCAUCCAAUAUUACUGCAGUAUAACUGCUGAAAAAGAACAAAAAUGAAUCCUUCAAUUCGUCCCAAGAAAUAUAAUAUCACUCAUUUCCUGAGUGAUAUUGAUGUUGAUCGAUUGUUGCAUUUAAGUGCAUUCCUUUCAGAGGCCAAUUAGAAUGAAUGCGUGUUGAUCCUACUUUUAGUGCACAGAAGAAGUCCUGAAUAAUUUGAUUAGAGCCUGGAAGACCGCCAACUAUUUGUCCUGUAUCGUUUUUCCUCUGCUGCCAACAGAAGAAAAUAAAGAAUUAUUGUGUCUCAAAAUGGUUGUGGGUAGAAAAUGAAAGGGGUGAUCCCUCAUGCGUUCAGGGAGGAAGAGCGUAAUCAUGUUACUAUAGGAUAGAGAAUGUGAAGAGGGGGAUAAAUGGGAUGAGAGGAGAGGGGGUUUGCUUCUUGACCUGCUGUCUAAUUUUUCUCACUUUUUCUAACGAGGGCAGGAAAUCCUUCAACAAAUACAAUUAGAGUUGGCCUUUCUGAGAUAGAGUGAAAUGGGGAGGCACGUAGUCUGAACUCUACCCUGAAACAGACUCUCUCUCCAGCUUGGUUUUCCAUCGGUUAAUUACAUUUCAUCCCCUUUUGGGGUAAUGCCUCAUUUCCUGCUCCAUGGUGCCAGACAGGAUCAGGGCGUGAAAUCUCCCAGCCAGCCUGCCUCCACCUCCUCAACAUCCUCUUUGUGCAGUAGUGACAUGUGACACCCAGGGUAGACAUGAACCCUCACCUGAAGCCUCUCAGAGAGGGAAAAUGCCCCUUGUCUCAUUCUCAAAGAAGCGCAGCGAGAAGCUAAGCCCAGCCAAAAUCUCUUUAAACUGGAGUGCUGGAUGAUAAGAGGCAAUUGAUGUUGAUUUAGUGGUUUCAGCACCUCUUAAUAUGGAUGAAACAUUUUUGAUUCCCUAGGGGCAGCUCUAGCCCAUAGACUUAUCCUCUGCUAGGUCAGAAGCUAGACUCACAAGAACAAAAGCUAAAGAGACAGAUAUGUUUUCUAGGAUAUCUUAGUAUUAAUGGUCAAGGAAUCUAGGCUGUAUGCUGAUAGAUAUGGGGCAUUGUGUAUCAAAAGACAUAAAUACCGUUUCUGUCUGGUUGGAAUAGGUAAUUCUGUCUUAUGGCCAGGUGCUGAAACACAAUGAGAUAUCACCGAUUUACCCUUUCUAUAAAAGGGUGUACUGAAAGGCAAAUGCCCUCAGUGGCCCUUUAACCAUGAUUAUGUCAUAUUUACAAGGGGAUCAUUUCUUUUUAAUAAGCAUGUAAUGACACCUCUGUUAUUUUCCUGCUACUUCUCCUCUAUUCUUCUUCUAACUGUUCAAUGUCACCCUCUCCGUCUACACCUCAUUUUCUCUCCUGUCUCUUUGGCUUGAUGCCUUCCCAUGGUCCUCCUCCUCCUCCUCCUCGUUCUCCGCUGUGUGACAGAGGAGCCAGUCACACCAUUCCCCGGGGACCCUGCUGGCCGUAUGUACCUCUGUCUCCUCUCCCUCAGUAUCUCCUCUUCACCACAUCUACUUUGUUUGUUGAUCCCAAUGUAUUAGUAUGUGUAAAAAUAUAUUGUGUAAAAUGCUAGGUUCCGCAAGCAUAAGUCUACAUGUUUGCUGUUCUAUCAUAUACAAUAUGAGAGAUAUACUGUGUUAUUUUAGGAUGAGAGUUAAGCUCGAUGAAAUCUGUAAAUCAAAGGUCUAGCCAGGUACAGUGAGUGUCUCACAGAGGAGUCUCUUCCUUUCAUCAUUCUAUGGGGACUGAACAACUCUCAUUAAAACACAGCUGCCCACUCCAACCUGCUCUUAGAUACCAAGCCUAUGGAUUUGGUCAAUAGUAAACUAGUGAUUCAUGGAGCUGUUUUGAAGAGAGACAGGUCUGCUGCCACUGGUGGAACCAUUGCUUCAGUUUCCCCUUUGAUGCUCUUAUCCUCAAGCAGCCAACUAAGACUUAGGGAAAUUGGUAGCCGUGUCUAUGAUUUUACCAACAGCAAUCUAUCUAGGUGGCUAUAUUUUUGAGGACAUUGAAAAUGUGAGUAGUAUGUUUUGCAGUGAGGCUCUGUAGGACAGAUGUGUCUCCACUAGGUGGAAAUUGUGUUUCACAAUAGAGUCAGAGAGGUGCAUACGUCUCCUUUAUCCCAUACACUCAACUCUCAUUUUAUGAUCAGGAAUCCAGUUUGAUAAUUACUAGUUCACUUUUAAAACAGAUACAAUUUCUCAAAAAAGUAAGUUCAAUACACAAUGAAAAAACUGCAGCUCAAAGAACAGUAUGUGCCUUGAGAGACCGUAUAGAUGGAGAAGAGAUCAACAUCUGUAGAACCGGUCUCAUUUCACUGAGCAUAGCAGCGAUGGAAAUUUCCAUAGACUAGUCAGUGAUCCCUAUUCCUCAUUGGUCCCACACAGCCUGUUCCUGACUGCAGCCCAAUGACGCGCUCUGCGUCCACCCAUGCUCACCAGCGCCCCCAAGAGGUGAACAUGCGUGACUACACCCUGGAGACACCCAGCAUCCAGGAAAGGCCUCACCACCACCACCACCACCGCUGCCACCACCGCAGAGAGAGGGACAAGAAGCAGCGGUCACUCAACAGGACGCCAAGCACCGCUGGUUAGUGCACACACACUACACACAUACACAGUGACACACACACACACUACAAGCACACACACACAUCAAAGAUUGUGCUCAAUCAUAUUCUUGGAACACAUGGGAAUAUUAUUUUUGCCAGUUUAUAUAGAGCAAUUGUUGCUCCAGUAAUGCCAAUCAUGUUUUAAAUGUGCAAUACACAGAUCACUUUAUCGGUGAGGUAAAAGGGGGUCUUGUUAUGUAUGUUAUAUGAGUGCCCACCACCAAUACCCUGAUCACAAAAUGUGGGAGUUUGACCAUUAAGACCUGCAGCUCACUGUCCCCCACUGUUACUAGAGUGUGAAUGUGUAGCCAUCUCUACCUUACUGCCUUCCAUCCAGUCAGAGAGUGAGAAGCAGACCACAGCCCAGCCGGCUGGGGCUCAUCUAUAGAGAUCAGCUCUGGGCUUCAUGGAGGCAUCGUUCAGGCCUGGGUGUUAGAAUGGAGCUCUGCAGCUGGCCUUUAUCACACGGAUAAAAGGGACUGACAGACAUGCACACCCAAUGACCUGCUAAUUUAUGGGCUCCUCUUGUCUUAGAAGAAGAAAAGCCUUUGGUGUGCUAGUAGUCUGGUCUUUGUGAGUGUUUAAGAAUCUUCUCUUUCAGAGUGAGGUAUUAUAUGCUGGGUGCAAUCAGGGGUUGAAUUGGGAAUUCAGAGGUGAAUGGGGGAAUUCAGAGGGGGGGGGUUAGGGUUACAGUAGGUUGAGGCCAGGAUUGAACAUAUGGCUAGGGUUAGAGUUAGGGUUAUGCCAAGAUUGGGAUAGGUUAGGGUUAUGGGUUAUGCCCUUACCCUAGCCUCAACCACAACCCUAACCCUGGCCAUAACCCUAACCCUAAGCCUGUUUUGUAUUCCCACUAAGGUACACCAGGUAACCCGGUUGCAGAGCCCUCGUCUAGAGACAGGGUGCAGGACCGCGGCCGCUCCCAUGAGAGGAAGCACCACUCAACAGCGGGGGAGAAGCAGCGCUACUACUCCUGCGAUCGCUACGGCAGCAGGGAACACUGCCACAUCACCAAGUCUGCCACUGCCAGCUGUGCCACCUCCCCCAUCGAGGUGCAGGACCCCAGCAUCAACAAGCAGGUGGGAGGGCAUGGGUAGGGUAGGGUAGGAUAUGGGCAGUGCAGGGCACAGUAUGGGUACGGCAGGAUAUGGCAGGACAAAACAUGGCAGGGUAUACUGUAGGCAUGAUAUGAUAUGAGCAGAGCAUGGGAAGGAAUCAGGUAUGCAAUGACAAUGAGAAUCUGAAUAAUACACACACUACACAUUAUCAGUAAGUAUAUGUCUGUCUGAUUUAGUACAGCACAGUGUAUAUUGUGUGCAACUCUCUGAUGAGGAUCUGUCUGCUUUCCCGUUCUGCCUCUGCUGAAACUCAACUUUCUCUUCUUUCUGCCUGUAGUACAACCACUCAUGGCCUUUCAAUUCUCUUUCCACUUUUCUUCUUCUUAUUCACCAUUUUCUGUCCAUUUUGUCUGUCUUCUUCUCCUUUCUUUUUUUCUCCCAUCAAUGACUGCCCUGUCCUUCUUGGUUGUGUCGUCUGUCCACUCCCACUGUCCUCUCUCUCCUCUCCAUCUGAUUUUGGUGUCUUUAUCUUCCUUCUGGUGACCAUGACCUCAUCGUUUUUAUUGUUUUAAAUUGCUUUGUCCAAUUUUCAUCUAGGGUAGUGGUUCGGUUAAAGGCAGCCCAGUGAUGAUGACCUCAGGGGCUAGCACACCCAGCCGUGGACGCAGGCAGCUACCCCAGACCCCCCUGACCCCCCGACCCGGGGUGGCCUACAAGACUGCCAACUCCUCCCCUGUGCACUUUGUGUCUGCCCAGUGUGGCAGCGGCCUGCCCACCCUGAGUCCUGGCCGGCUGAGCCGCGGGCUGUCCGAGCACAACGCCCUGCUGCACAGUGGCUCCUCCCACAUCCCCUCCCCCGUCACCCGCAUCAGCUCCGAGCCCUUCCUGGGCUACUGUCACAGUGAACCCCAGGGCCAGGGCAGCCUGUACUGCAGCCUCCGGGACGAGCUGCUGAGCCCCUAUGCUGCCAGAGCACGCUCCCCUCGGACUGCACUGCCUCAGAUGGGGCCGGGGCCCCUCCACCUGCCUCCACCACCCCAGCAGAGCGGUGCAGUGCCCAACGGAUACCACUUCACCUUUGGUGGUAAUGCCAAUGCCAGCCUGGGCUCUGGCUCUGGCGCCAGGGCACCCAGAUACUACCACGAGGCAGAGGAGGAGGAAUGGUGC